AUGGCUCCGGCAGCGGUGGCCGCUCCCGUGGCUUUAGUCUCCCCUGCGGCAGCUGCGCUCGCCCCUGGCAGCGCCGUCCGCUCUGCCAGGAGGAUAGCCUCCUUGCAUCCUUGCCAUUCUUCCACCAAAAUCGUGCUGCUGCCACCACCGAACGGCCUGCUCAGAUCGGUGAGGCACAGGAGGUGCUUCGCGCCACGGAGCAGCAUCUCGGAGAGCAGCACGGAUGACUCCCAGUCCCCGAAAGAGAAGGCGCCGUUCGGGUACACGAGGAAAGACGUGCUGCUGAUCGGCCUCGGCGUCACCGCCUUCGGCGUCGGCCUCAAGUACGGGCUCGAGCUCCUGGGAGUCGACCCGUUGCAGGCCGGGAACGUGGUGCAGCUGCUGGUGGUGCUCGGGAUGACGGUGGGCUGGAUCUCCACCUACAUGUUCCGGGUGGCCAACAAGGACAUGACCUACGCGCAUCAGCUCAGGGACUACGAGAAGCAAGUCAUGGAGAAACGGCUGGAGAGCUUGUCGGAGGCUGAGCUGCAAGCUCUGCUCGAGCAGGUGGAGGAGGAGAAGCAGCGCAUGCCGCCGGUCCCGGAAGAGCCGAACGCUAUUACCUUCAAGAAGAAAUGA